UUUCGUUUUUAUUUAUAUCGAGAAUUCAGAUCAUCUAACGAUCUGUUUUGAUCAAAUAUUGUGUAAUGGAUGUUGGAUUCGGCUUCAUAUUAGUGUUUGCCUUGCUUCUCCAGACUGUGAAUGCCGAACUGAAAAAAUCUUCAUUGACAAAGCUAGAAGAUGUAUUAGAAUCAGUAUUUUUUGGCAGAAGGAAACUUUCAGAAUUUCGGAAACUGAAUCCAUUAACAACCAAAGAUGCCAACCUGCAGCACCAAAUAGCUCCACUAAAAUCUGGUCGUUCACACCAGAUGGAGUCAGAUGCCAUAAUCAAAACUGAAGCUUCAAGACAUUUAAUGGAAAAAACGGGAAAGACAGCAGAGGAGCUGAUGGCAGAUGAAGUAAUUAACAAUGCCUUCAGAGAACUUGUAUGUCCCUCAUCAACGCAUCCGGUGACAAGCCAAGAAAUUCGGAAAACCUUCCUUCAGCAAGGAAAAUAAGUAACGAUAUCUUCAAAGCAACAGAAACUGUUCAUGAUAGGAAAUAUUCUGGACUUACAAUGGCAUGGGGACAACUAAUAGACCACGAUGUUACAAAAACCCCAACAGCAGGAAGUAUUGACUGCUGUAACACAACAAAUGCAGACAAUCCAAUCUGCUUCCCAAUUGAAGUACCUGAAGGCGACGAACGUUUCUCAAAUUGUCUUAAUUUUGUUCGAUCUGCAGCAGCAACAUCUUCGACAACAAAAGGGUGUUUAAAUGAUCGAAGAGAACAAAUUAAUGAGCUUACAGCCUUUAUAGAUGGUGGCAUGUUGUAUGGGUCAUCUGACGACGAACUUUCACUUCUCAAGGAUCAAACCAAUACAUAUUUGCUGAAAACAAAGGAACCCGGAAACUUACUACCCACUGGACCCAGUUUUUGUCUGAUAACAGAUGAUCAAGAGAAUGAUUAUUGCCAGCACGCUGGAGAUACAAGAGUUAACGUUAUUCCAACGCUGGGUGCUGUUCAUACUCUAUUGGUUAGAGAGCAUAACAGAAUAGCAGAGGGAAUAAAAAAUCUAAAUAGACAAUGGUCGAACGACAAGGUUUUUGACGAGACUAGAAAGAUUAUGGGUGCUAUUAUUCAGCAUAUUACGUACAAUGAAUGGCUCCCGAUAGUCGUCGGCGACCAGCACAUGAACCAAUACAAUCUGAAAUCUUCCGAGAGAGGCCACGUCAGUUCAUAUGAUCCAAAUUUAGAUCCUUCUAUACGAAACUCGUUUGCUGCUGCUGCACUGAGAUAUGCUCAUUCUUUGAUUAUGCCAACACAAGCAUACCUCGACAAAACCUACAGAAAUGAAGAGAGUUUUAGUCUCGAGAGUCAACAGUUAAAUCCACACUUGGUUGUUCAAGAAAAUGGUGGACGAUUGGAGGAUCUUGUAAGAUGGACUACUUACAAACCAUGCAUGACAUCUGAUAGAAUGUUUGAAGAUGGAAUUCGUAACUUUUUAUUUGGAACAUCAGAUUUGCCUGCAAGGAAUGUGCAACGUGGACGAGACCACGGACUACCUUCUUACAACGAGUUUAGAUCGUUUUGUGGCUUACCACGGGCUAAAAAUUUCAAAACCGGACGAAACGGCCGUGAUGGGUUGCGUGACCAUUCCAAAGAAAAUGCAAGACUUUUGGAACAAACAUAUGAAUCGAUUGAUGAUAUAGACCUGUUCGUUGGUGCUAUCACAGAAAUACUUGCAUCGGGUGCUGACGUUGGUCCAACUUUCGCCUGCUUGAUUGCCAAACAGUUUGAUGUUUUAAAGAAAGGUGAUUCUUUUUGGUAUGAAAACCAAGGACUGCAAGGGUUUUCUGAAGAAAAGCUUAACGCCAUAAAGAGAGUGAGACUUUCCAGUCUGUUGUGUGAACAUUUUGGUUUGGAUACUAUCCAGCCUGAUCCAUUCAAAAUAGAAAGAGCAGGGAGAUGUCCAGGAUCAUCAGAUAAAGAAGACAACUGUAUGGUUAGAUGUUCAGAGAUGAGACUCUUAGACUUGAGGCCAUGGAGAGUGUAAUGGUUCAACAAUUUCUUCAUAUGUACUACCUUAUCGCAGACGUAUUCCUUGUUUUCAUUUCAUGUAUCUAUCUCCUAGCAGAUUUAUUUCUCGUGUUUUAAUUGUUGCAUUUUUUUCUAAUAAAGAAGAAAACAUAA